GCGGGACUGCGGCGGACAUUAUGACAUUGGGGGGUACUGACUUGGGGUCACUGACAUCCCCAGUGACACCAAUACAGCGAUCAGUGCAAAAAAAAAACACUGACACUGUACUAAUGGCACUGGGGAGGAAGGGGUUAAAAUGAUGGCACUGAGCAGGAAGGGGUUAACAUCUGGGAUGAUCAAAGGGUUAACUGUGUGCUGUGUGUGUUUCACUGUGUGUUACACUGCUUUGUAUGGCUCUGUUAUGCACAACCAUGCAAAGCAGUGCGCAGGAGCUAACAGGGGAGAGAACUGUUUUGUGUACAAA